AUGCUUGCUGGUCUGCAGGCCUGCAACUAUAGUGCUAUGAGCGCCAUAUGCUUCACGUUCUGGGAUAUCCUGAUCACGAUGGAGGACGAGGUCCGGGAAGUGUGGCGCGGUCCUUGGACUCCCUUAAAGAUAUUAUGCCUAUUCUUACGAUACUACUCAUUAUUCGCCCAACUAUUAGCAGCCGCCGUAACGAUGAAAGUAUCCUCAGGACUCAACCUCUCACAACACGGUUGCGAGAUCUGGGUCCUAUUCCAGGGCGCCUCGAGCUCAACCCUCAUGGUGCUAUGCCAGUUCGUGCUCACGAUACGAGUUUGCGCUCUCUACCGUAGCAACCGCCCACUCGUCAUAAUCUUACGACUAUUCUACGUCGCCGAAGCGCUCACGAUAAUUCUCCUCCUCUCCCUGUCCCAACCCGACAUCAAGUAUGGCACGCAUUGCGUCGUCAUCGAAUUCCCCUUAUCCGCCAUUGGUUUUGGCGCGGUCCCCCUCAUCUUCGACACGACCCUCUUCGCUCUGACAAUGGCCAAAUUCUACAAAUCUAUCAAAGAAGGCUGGGGCCGCGAAUCCGUGAUUGCGCGCUUCAUGCAAGACGGCAUAUGGGCUUAUGCACUUCCAUUCCUCGUAAUCUGCAUAAACACCGGAUGCAUGGCGUUCCUGAACAGCGCGCUGUCCUCGGUGGCGUUCGCAUGGCUGAUCGCCAUCCCACCAUUUGCUGGCUACCGGCUGAUACUGAACAUGAGCCACCUCCUGCGCGCUCCGCGGCACUACGACCCUGAGCUGGACUACACAGACGCCGGCAUCCUCACUACGGUAGCCAUCCCGCGUCCUCUGGAUACUGACGCCACCAUGGACUCGGGCUCGUACCCGAUGACCCCGACCAGCGGGAGCGCUGGGCGGACGUGGUCCGUGGAAUCGGCAUCUGAUAACUGGGGGGAUCGCCGCUGGGUAUCGUGAUAUAUGUCAUGAUUUGCUACGCAACAGAAAAUACCCAGGAGGAAUUAUGUUCUUUGACGCUUC